GCCAACUCUUUCCCAUCGCCGCCACCAAUCAGCCAACCCCCGCAUUCGUCGCCGUCGUCGUCGUCCUCAUCGUCCCACCCUCUUCGUCGUCGUAGACACGCUCCGUUCUCACUCAACAACUUUUUCACCCACAUUGCUGUCCCCACGACCUCGACUCUGCCCAACACCACCAAAAUACCCUUUGCUCGACCCCAACUCCUUUCUGAAUCAUCAUGAGCACCCGCGGAGGAGGUAGACAGUCAAUGUCCGAGCUCAAGCUCAGGCGACUACUAGAACACAACCAGCGGUUACGGGAGGACCUGGCAAGACCUCGGGUGAAAGUCAGCGAAGCCAGCGCAAGCCUAAUCGCAUACUGCAGAAACACCAAGGAUCAUCUGGUACCUUCAGUGUGGGGACCAGUGGGACGUGCUGAGGAUCCAUACGGGCAACAAGCGGGAGGCAAGUGCUGUACGGUGCAGUAGUCGCCCAGCGCUGCCUCUAUGUCCUCUUUUCUUCGCUCUCGCUGUCACUUUCAACGUUCUCUCAUUCGCCGCCGCAACCCAUAUCCAACCCUUUCUGGGAAGAUUCACCCCCGCCGCCCUUUCAGCCCCACUGUCCAGUUCGGAUACGGAUUCCCUUGCAUCGACCUUUCUUCAAGGCGCUGCUGUGAGGCGACCUCUGACUCAUGAUUGCUACCAGCGGUCAAGAGCAUGCUUCGCCUUGCUUGUGCCAUAUAUCGACACUGUACUAUCAACGCCUGGCCACUUUUGUUUUGGAACUCUGCUUUCAUUCUCGUUCUCUGCCUGUCUUU